CCUUUAUCUCUUUCCCUUUACAACUUCUUACAUUUCUGUUUUUUUUGUAAACUACUUCUUACAUUUCUGCGAUCAGAUAUGGCUUCAAAGCUAAUAUCCACAGGAUUCCGUCACACUACUUUGCCGGAAAACUAUGUCCGGCCGCUCUCUGACCGUCCACGUCUCUCCGACGUCUCUCAGCUUGAAGAUUUCCCUCUCAUCGAUAUGUCUUCCAAAGAUCGACCUCGGCUCGUCCAACAAAUCCACCAAGCUUGCGCCCGGUUCGGUUUCUUUCAGGUCGUAAAUCAUGGAGUUUGUAAAGCAACAAUACAUGAUAUGGUGAGUGUUGCGCAUGAGUUCUUUGGCAUGUCUAUGGAGGAAAAAAUGAAGCUAUACUCGGACGAUCCAUCGAAGACAAUGAGAUUAUCAACGAGCUUCAAUGUGAAGCAAGAAGAGGUCAACAACUGGAGAGACUAUUUAAGACUCCAUUGUUAUCCUAUCGACAAGUAUGUCCAUGAGUGGCCUUUAAACCCACCUUCUUUCAAAGAAGUUGUGAGUAAAUACAGUAGAGAAGUAAGAGAACUGGGAUUUAUAAUAGAGGAAUUGAUAUCAGAGAGCUUAGGUUUAGAAAAAGAUUACAUGAAGAAAGUGCUUGGUGAACAAGGUCAACACAUGGCAGUCAACUAUUAUCCUCCAUGCCCUGAGCCUGAGCUCACCUAUGGUUUACCAGCUCAUACCGACCCAAAUGCCCUCACCAUUCUUCUCCAAGAUGCUACCGUUUGUGGUCUCCAGAUCUUAAUCAACGGUCACUGGUUCGCCGUUAAUCCUCGUCCUGAUGCUUUUGUCAUCAACAUUGGUGACCAGUUACAGGCAUUGAGUAACGGAGUAUACAAAAGUGUUUGGCAUCGAGCAAUAACAAACACUGAUAAACCGAGAUUAUCGAUCGCAUCAUUUAUGUGUCCUGCUAACUGUGCUGUCAUAAGCGCGGCAAAGCCCUUGUGGGAAGCCAAGGAGGACGAGGCCAAGCCAAUCUACAGAGACUAUACUUACGCGGAGUACUACAAGAAGUUUUGGAGUAGGAAUCUGGACCAAGAACAUUGUCUUGAGAACUUUCUAAACGACUAG